CCUUGGCUUCAGUUUAGCAAGUUAGAUGAGAUGAGCCAUUAACAUCACAACAGCUUGUGCUUUGGUAUCCUCCCAGCAAGCCACAGUUGCUGAUGGAAUGAGCACACAAGCUGGCCUCUCCCUUGACGUGAAUCCAGCAAGCUAGAAAUGCUGAGCCAGUGACCUCACAGUGGCUUGUGACUUGUCAUCACCUUGCAAGGAUGCUGCCACCUGCAGGACUUCCACAGAGUGACAAUGAGAGCUGCUGGCUGGUGACAACUCUUCAACAUCCAUUGCCUUCUGAGAGUUUGCACAGGUGCAACUGAUUGGAAUUUGAACAGAAAAAGUCUAUGGUGAAAGAAGCAAACUGUAUGAAUUACUGCAUCCUGAACUGUUAUCGCUGUUCCCCAGCAUUGCCUUCUGUCAGCGAUAAGCUUUUGGUUUCUCAAGUGUCACUCUAAUGCAACUAUUUCACAAUUCUGAACUAGCCUUUAACUGCUGGGGCUGGCAGUCACCAUACUGACCAUUAUCACCCGCUAUGGGGCUCACUUCAGCAUAAUCAGUGGUGUCUCCUAUGAGGCUAACCCCUAUAGAAUCUUCCACAACGUAGCGUUCUACAGCGGGAUAUGUCUGAGCAUGAUACUGGUCCUUGCAGCCCUGCUGAGUACUGUUGCCACAGUGAGAGAAUCAGUGUGCCUCAUGGCAAUGGGAUUCUUCUGUUUUGCCAUUGUUUUCUGUGCACUGAUACAGGCUGCAUUCUGGAGAUACACCAACAACAGUGAGGUAGAAGAUGCCAUGAUGGAUGUGUAUGAUUCUGUGUACGAGGAAGUGAGGAGGAACUUGUCCAGCUUCAGGAGGCAGGAACUAGCUACCAUCCAUGAAACAUUUCUGUGCUGUGGAAAGCAGUCACCCUUUGGAGAAACAGGAGGCAUUGAAAAUGAGACAUGCCCAUCAGAACAUAUGGGCACAGCCAGAGAGGAUUGCCUCCAAGAGAUCCAAGAUUUCCUAAAAAAACAUAUGGACUUCGUCUCUGCGCUACUGAUCCUCACAAUCUGCUUCAUGGAAACAUUAUCACAGAAAAUAUUCAUCUUGGUCAAAAUUUUCCAGUGUUUUGAAGGAAAAACCAAAAUUAUUUUGGUUUAUGGGAUGAUUUUAACUUCAUUCCUCUGGUUCUCCAUCCACUUCAGCAACAAUCUGGACCGGAGAGGCAAAUACAUUUUCAGAGAGACCUAGAAAACAGUCAUCCAGCUUCCCCACCAGAGCAAGGAUUUCCAACCCUUGAAUUGGGAAACCAUCUGAAAGUUCUCCAGAGUUCCCUGAGAAGCUGUGGCUAGGUGACUGGAGCUGGGCCUUGGUACCUUCAUGUUUCUCUUUACCGCAUUACCUGCCUCCUCUGCAUUGUCAGCUGACUAGUGGGAAUGAUCAUCGGGCAGCACAGGAGAGAAAGCUGUGACAUUUUCUGUAAAGACAGAUGGACUGUGACAGGCAGCCAACCGGGGAAUCAGAGCCAUGUAGAGACACAGAUGGGCAUCUUUAGCAUUGGUGUGAGAUGUGGGUGGUAGCAAGGAACCAGACAGCCACUCACCCAGAAAACCAUCCAACCCAGCUAGCUAAAAACCAAACCCUGAUCCAGUCACUUCUGUCAGUGCCUGAAAACAGACCGUUUAAAAUUCCGUCAGUGUGCCAAAAUAUACAAAAACUAGAAUACCAGCAAGAAGAAAAAAGAAGUUCAGUUAAUACUCCUCAUCCAGGAGAAUGUCCUCUCAGCUCUAGCCAAAACAAAUGCAUCAUGCUAAUGAAUCCCGCCACAAUUCAUGGCAAAACAACCACUUACAUUAUACACACCACCACCACCACCACCACCACCAA